AUGGUCAGGCUAUUCCCGGGGUUCUUGAAAAAAAUCAUUGUACAUAAGGGCACAUCGCCGGAUCCUGACGGAUGCAAAAGAGAUUCGACUAGCGAAGCAGCCGCCUCAUAUGUUGGACGAUACUCAAUAGAAAGUGGCGCUUCAGUGAACGAAUCAAGGACAACAGCUGAGCAGGGGGGUUCUUGCACCGUGGCAACAGAGGAAGGCGUUGCCAAAGGCGAUCUAUUACAACGCGGCAUCACAUCCAAUAUCGCAACAAUCGCGCUCGGUGAGUGGGGAUAUCCACUGUAUGAGGACUGUCGUGACGAUUCCUUCUUCUCGGGGAAGUAUUUUACAGGCUUUCUACGCAACUACGUCACCAGCAGUGACCCGCUGGAGGACUUCAUAUCUGCUUCGAGGACUAAACUCAUACCUAAGGUUGAAGAAUCAGAUUUUGCCGAAUAUAUUCGUCAAAUUUCGGUGUUUUAUGCAACUAUGAAUGAAGAUGCCCCUAGUGGCGACGGCGCUGAGGGUGCUGAUCGCCAAGCAGCGCCAUCAGAAGUGCAUGUGCCCAGGGAGUAUUAUAGUGAAGGAUAUGUGUUGUCUAAGAAUGACGUAUUUAAAGAGGAAGUCGAACGUAUACCGGAGAUCAUGACAACGUUGGAGGCACAACUCGAUGCUGUUAAUUGCGAACUGCAGGAAAUGCUAGAAAGGCGCUACGUACACGUUCACGAGGCGUGCACAAGCGUAGAAGAGCUACACAAUCGGUUUCUAGAUGUCACCAAACAAAUUAAUCGAAUACGAAUGGAUCUGGAGGGUGAAACUACCAAGGGUACUAUCAUGAAAAGCUUAUCAACCGCGCCAAUCAAAAAAGAAGAGUUGGAUGCCAUUCUUCAGAAAGGUAUAUCACGCAAGAAAGAACUGCAGACAAUGCUGGAAUAUUUGCAAAUGUUCAGGGCUAUCAUAGCGCUGCCGGAAUAUAUACAGGGUAUCGCAGACUCCAAUGGCAUUGCAGUCGCAAACUUCCUCAGUCAAUCCGUAGUGAAUUAUCUGUGCGAUAACUUGGGAAAGUUUAAGCUCGCGCAUUCUGUAGCCGGCGUAGUCAGCGAAUCUAUACUCAACAUCCAGCGUGUCGCCGAGACUAAAUUUAUUAAUAUUGCGUUAGUUGCCCUGAUAGACCUCAGGGAUACGUCGGACAUGAAGAGUUCGAUUGAUUCGUUAAAAACGAUGCUCGACCAAAUGCAUCAACCGUUAAUCGCACUGACAAAUGCCUCGAUGUUGAGGGAUGCGAUGGAAACCUUAACUCUGGCGUGCAAGGGUGCUAAAGCGGCCAUCGGUUACGAAAAAUACGAUACCUGGACCGAGCUUGCGAAAUCUUUUGAGGGGCAUAAAUCUAGGCUUCUGUCAUACUUCUUUUUAUCGCAAGUUUGGGGGUGCAUGGUUUUGCGGCGCAUGCUGUGCGUGGAGAGGAUGCGACAAGACAAAACCCUUUCGAUGGAAUCCACCGAAUCCGUGAAAUUGGCUGAAAAAGUACUAUCCGUGGUACAAGAUCGUAUGUCAUCGACUAAUCCUGUUGGUAACAUGACUACAGUAUCAACUAUUUCUGCAUUAGUCAGUAAAACGGUGGUGUUACCGCCUAUGUGCAUGAAUGACAUUGACUACUGGUCAAUUUACCAAUCAGGGAUUCGCACAGAUUCUAAUUUAAACAAAACAAAAGGUUCGGACUCUAUUGACGCUGAUAUAAGCGAUGUUUUGGCUGCUUACGUUGCAUCCAUAAAACACAUCGUCGACACGGCGUCAAAAAAUUCGUUCGAUGAUUUUGCGAAUCACGUGGUAUUGACGUCCAACUUCAAGGCGGAAUUUGAUGUUAGCGAGUUUAUAAACUUUGUGGAGAGUUGUAAGGCUUUAAAAACACAGUAUGAACGACUCCAGGUUGACAUAAAGGCCAUGUACCUUUUUCCUUCUAUGAUUCUGAGAACUUUAGACAACGAGUGGCGUUCCGACAAACAUUCAAAAAUGGUUUUGAGUCCUGGGAUAACGGCCAUUAAAUCUAUAUUACCGGAUGAAGAUCGUGACAUCACGUAUGAAUUCCGGGCAAUAGUGGACCGAGUCAUCAAGUCGCUCGGUGUAUCAUGCCUAGAGGUGCUUAAAUCGAAUAACGUAACGUGUGUGCAAUCUGCGCUGGCGGAAGAAAUUUGGGAUGCGCCUUAUGCUCACAGCUACUCCACUGCCGAUGGUGAAGUGCCAUUUUUGUUGAUGAAAUCAUGUGCAAGUAUCGACGAAAGGCUUAACCUAUAUUUACUACUUGCGGAGGCCUUGCCGUGCACAGGAGAGUGCGCAUCACAGGAUUGUACACAGCUCAUCGAGGUAUAUCAUUCAAUGAUCGAUGCAGAGGUGUCGAUGCUGCACUUCCAAGAGGCAGACAUAGACAGUUCUACCAUGCGCAAGGCAUGCCUUAUAGCUGAAGCUUUGAGGUAUUUCUCACACAGGAUAACCGAUGUCGUUAAAAACACGAUAAAUGCUAUGUCAGCUGCGGUUGUAGCACAUGCGUAUGAGCCAAAUGCGUGCCCAGCAGAUUUGGAUGCUAAGCGCAAAGGUCUCCAUGAAGCAGCAGGGCAAUGUUCCGACAAUUUGAAAUCAUUGAGCCGUAGAAUGCUUGAAACAAUUUCAAACGAAAUCGGUAGUAAGAUGGCGCGUCAAAUGAAUUUCUGGGUUUUACAGCCCUCGGAUUCCUGCUACGAUGACAAAGCACUGCAUGACAUGAUACAAAUUGUACAAAAUAGUGUUGAUAUAGUGUCAAAAGUGCUAAUGGACGUCGCAGAUGUUCAAUUUGUAUUUGCGAAUGCCUUUAAGCAGCUUCAUACAGUCAUACCUGUUGAAGAUAUAAAUGAGCAACUGAAGGAAGACUUUCGCGAUAGUUGCGCCGAGUUAAUAACCAGACUCUCACACAACACCUGUAUAAAACUGGAGAUAUUCUCAUUAGCAGACACACUCUCUAAUGAACUAUUCAGCUAA